CUUCCUCGCAAACACCAGUUCGAAAUUCGACGACGACAAAAACGCGAUGAAAAGGUUUUCACUCUAGCAGAGCUUCAAAAAAAUUGAAAAAAUAUCAGUGUUACAGAACCGUACGGAAGGGAAAUCCAGAUCGUCCGGGUGAUCGAAUCUCUAAUAUCGGGUUUCGAAAAUUAGAUCUUACCGAAAAGGCUCGCAUCGAUCUGAUUUUCAGCUCGGAAGUGACGCGAAAAAGUGGUUGUGGAAAAGUGGGUUUUUUUUUUCACUAGCUGAGCUCUUCGCAUAGAUUGCUGAGGUGAAGAGUGCAUUUUUCACCCUUCUGCUAGUCCCGCAGCUAUUUGGCCAAUUAUAAACCUUGGAAGAUUGGGUUUGAUUUUCUGUCCAAGUGAAGACGCCUUUUGGUGCCUCCGGAAUCCAAGUUGAGGGUAGAAAGGUUGGACGACUUCUUCCUCUAAAGAGAAAAUCGGUAUUCCUUGAGAAAAAAAAAGUAAGCGGAAGCAGAGGCCAGCGGAAGCGUGAUGGGGGCCAAGUCAAGAAGAAUAAAACCAACAAAGCGAUUAUAGGAGUGUUAAAAAACUAUGGGUAUUUUCCAAAUUAACCGAGAGAUUCUGAUUCAUUAUGAUCAGCUGGUAAAAUUCCAGCAUACGAGAUGUUGAUUAGACAGUGAAGAUUUUUUUUGUUGGGUGUCAUGAGGUAAAAUGUACCAAUAAGUUAAGUGAUUGUGGGCAAGGAGCAAAGAUUGAUUGAAGAGAACGAAAACUUUCGUUUGAAUCGAAGAAAAUAACGCAACACAAAGAAGAAACUUGAGGGGUCACGGGAAAGGUAGCGAAAAUAAAAAACUUCGAACCCUAGGGUAAAAAAAAUAGUUUCCUUUCCUCAUUAAUAUCAGGGUGGAAAUGUAGUGAGCAAAAGGGAUCAAUCCGAGCAUUACAGAAGGUACCAUUAAUUUUGAUUCCAAGAAAUAAGGAAUCAGAUUAAAUAAAUUUAGCCUCGAUUCGGUCUGUCCGGUAGAAGGGAUAGCAGUACUGGAGAAACGUGAACGUCGUGAUGCCGAAAUGUGAUGUUAAGACGCGCUAUAUCCCAGCGACCUUCGCCUGGACGCUGUUGCUGGGAACAACCUUCCUGUUUUUCUACUAUCCAUGUCGCCAGUUCUACGUGCAACGCCACCCAUGGGUACCGGCGUAUCAGGCCGUCAUCACGUUCUUCGUCAUCGCCAACUUUACCCUGGCAACGUUUAUGGAUCCCGGUGUUAUACCGAAAGCCCCACCUGAUGAAGACCGCGAGGAUGAGUUUCGAGCACCGCUGUACAAAAAUGCCGAAAUCAACGGUAUCACUGUGCGGAUGAAAUGGUGCGUCACGUGCAAAUUCUACCGACCUCCACGAUGCUCGCACUGCUCCGUCUGCAAUCACUGCAUUGAGACAUUCGAUCAUCAUUGUCCUUGGGUCAACAACUGCAUCGGUCGUCGAAAUUAUAGGUUUUUCUUUUUCUUCCUGAUCUCACUGUCGAUCCAUAUGCUGAGCAUAUUUUCCCUGUCGCUGAUCUACGUACUCCAGAAAGAGAAGGAUAAACUGACUGAGGUGGAACCUAUCGUAGCGAUGGUUCUGAUGGCAAUCGUCACCCUGUUAGCGAUUCCCAUUUUCGGAUUGACGGGAUUCCACAUGGUGCUGGUAUCGCGGGGGCGAACCACCAACGAACAAGUGACUGGAAAGUUCAAAGGAGGAUACAAUCCAUUCUCACGCGGUUGUUGGAAUAAUUGUUGCUACACACAGUGUGGGCCCCAGUAUCCAAGCCUCCUAAAACCGCAAAAAUACGUCGCCCGACGUUCGAACAAGGAUAAUCAAUCGAUCAGUACAAUCACGAACGACGGCGGUCCGGGAAGCGGCAGUAAUUCCGGACGGCAUCUGGGCUCCCAGCAGCAGGCUCUCAAUGCUGGUGGAGCUGGUGCGGGAGCUGGCAGUCAAGGAAUGUACGACAACAGCCGCCACACGCAGGUAAAAACCUAUAUGGACCAUGGCAAUGGUCACGGUAUUCGAACGGUGGGAUCCAGCCACUACAGCAAGAACCUCAAGCCUCCGCAAGUUCCUCAAGUACCCCUAGUCCCAACGCCUGUCCGGAGCGCACGAAUCUCUCAACUCGCUCGACUCGCGAACAGUUCGUCUUACUCGACGAUUCGAACUGGUAGCAGUUACGAUAGCCUAGAUUUGGCCAUCUACAAUCAAGCGGUCCAGCAAGGCAAUCUGCAUCGAGUGAUCCGUCUGUCUCAGCAUGAAUUCCGGGUUCAGUUGACAGCCGUGGGCGACGGAUUUAGUUCCACGACGAGCCCAGUGUUUGAUUCAACAUCGCUUGAUAGUUCUGACGAUAGCUUCUUUGCGUAUAGAAAGUACACGGCCGACAAGCUUACUUACAAUGCUGCUCCUGGCGCUUCUGGCCUCGCGCCUGUUGGCAAUGCCGUAGUUUAUGCUAGCAAUCGUUCAAAAAUGACAAAAAAUUUGGUUGAAGAUGUGUGACUGAGAUUGUCGGCUGUCUAGGGAAGUGAAAGAAAUGUAAUAUGGGAUACGCUUGUAUGCGACAAAUUUGUAGAAAGUUUAAAUAUUUUGAUUAGGCAAUAUUUUUAAUACGAAACGAAUACAGUUUAAAUCACAAAUCAACAAACAAAGAGAGCUUGCAAUAUGAUUUAUGCUUCUUAACAUUAUUAGACAAUCAACUAAGCUACCAUGUAAUCGCACUGUUUAGUUAGAAAGUCUCAUUCUGUGAGUCGAGUGACGGGGAUCGCGAAAUGUCAGUAACUGACUCCGGGAUGUGCUCUAGGAGAAAAUCGUAAGUUCAGAUGUUCUCCGAAGGCCGAUGGCAGCUGAUCUGAGCUAACUUUUUUCAAACCUGGACUGGUUACUGCAGUCAGCUUUACUGGUUGAAAUAUGGCAAGUCUGCCCACGUGACAUCACGCGUAAUCAUCGUUAAUUUAACUUUUGAAUUAUUCUGCGGCUUACUUAGGCAAACAUUAGUUGACAUUAGUGGCCCCAUGGAGUGACUUGAUUUCUCAGAAUAAUCUCGAAAUUAAAGAAAAAAUGUGCCAAAUAGAGCAAAUCAACAAUGCUGUUGGCUGUUUAAUUUUUUUUUUAUUUUUUAAAUUUUGUCGACAAAUUAAGCAAAAAUUGAUUCAAGUUCUUGUUUCAUCCUUUUAAAUGUUUCAUAAGUUCGACAUGGAUAUAAUAAUAAUAAUAAAAACAUGUAUUCCAAAAUAUGUCGAAAGUUGCAGAAUGAUGUGAACAUCAUUACAUCAUAUUUUCAAAGAAAUGCUAAUUCCCAACUUUUUAGGUUUUCUUAAAUGUUAACUAUGUGUCCAAAUGAUCCCAAGAGUUCACUAAGAACCGGAUCGCUUUUUGAGUUAUUGAGGAAAAAAAUCUUAUUUUCACCUGAAGUGUAAAUCGAACUUAAGAAGAACAAUAUUCGUAGCUUAAUAUUCCACUUGAGUGUAAAUGUUAUUUCACAUUUAGAAUAAAUUUACCUGCAAAAUACAGUGAUAACAUUAGUGCAGUUGGCUAAUGGCGUUAGUUAAAUUGAACGUUCUCGUUCUUGAAAUAUCAUCUCAAAUACUUUACCCAAAUAUGCUCAAAAUUUGUAGCAGUUUUGUUACAUUUUUAUCCAUCUUUUAGAUUGUUAAUAAAAUUAGUUUAGUCAAAAAUCGAACACAAACAUAGGGUCUCAGGAUGUUUAUUUGAAGAGAUGUGGCUAGCGUGCAUUUGAGCAAUGCUUAAACACGACCAGGGAAAGAGUAGUUUGUAUACCAUAACCGAGAUUCGAUCUCGUGGUCAUAGGCCUAGAAGUCUUGAACUUUAUCCACUUGGCGGAUUUUUUUUUUCAAAUAGCAUGGGAUGAAAAACAGCAUAUUACCGUAUUUUAAAUGCGUUUUUGAGGAGUGGUUCAUUUUAUCUAAACUCAGGCAGCCGACAAUCUAUUAACAGUUUGAUGAAGAUUUUUUCAAGUUCCAAUAGCUACUUUGAGCUGCUUCAAGCCACUAUCGGUGAAUGUUCGAGUGAGAAUUGACUGCAUAAUAAAUGUUAUUAUAGCAAAUUUCAUUUGCGGGAAUGUUACUGCUUUCAAUAUAGGAUGUUUGACAUAUGUAUAGGUAGUUUUUUUCCGGUUUGAAAUAAAAAUGAGGUGAUAUAAAAAAUCAUUGAAAUUCAUUCCUUUUUCACAGACAUUUGAACUAACAAUUCCACUCCCUU